GCUAGCCGAGUAUAAAACAGACUGUUCCCGUUUCUGCUGCUCGCAUUUCUGUUUGUCCUCCAAAGCUCUCGAACGUCUCGAGCGACCUAGUUCUACAAUUUUACUUGUCAUUGUCGAACUGUGCGUUUUGCAUCCGUUUAUUUCUUACCCGGAAGCCACCUUUUAUGGUGCCACCUGAAGCAGACCCCAAGAUGUCUCGUACCGAAGAGGUGCACCGCAUAACGGAGAAUGUCUACAAGUCCAUCAUGGAGCAGUUUAACCCCUGUCUCAGGAAUUUCGUUGCCAUGGCGAAGACCUACGAAAAGGCCCUCUCUAGUGUGACUUUCGCUGCCAAGGGCUACUUCGACGCGCUGGUGCGGAUGGGGGAGCUGGCCAGCGAGAGUCACGGCUCUAAGGAUCUUGGGGACGUCCUGUUUCAGAUGGCUGAGGUUCAUCGGCAAAUCCAGAUACAACUGGAAGAGAUGCUUCGCUCCUUCCACAACGAGCUGCUGACAGAACUGGAGAAGAAGGUGGAGCUGGACGCACGCUAUCUCAACGCGGCGUUGAAGAAGUACCAGAUGGAGCACAAGAGUAAAGGCGAGAGUCUGGAGCGCUGCCAAGCCGAGCUCAAGAAGCUGCGACGCAAGAGCCAAGGCAGCAAACACGGAGCCAAGUACGGGGACAAGGAGAUGCAGUGUGUGGAGACUAUCAGCAGCAAGCAGAGUGAGCUGGAUGGCUUUGUGGCGGAGGCGUACCGCGCGGCGCUGAGCGAGGAGCGGCUCAGGUACUGCUUCCUGGUGGACCGCCAGUGCGCCGUCGCCAAGUCUGCCAACCAGUACCACAGCAAGGGUAAGGAGCUCCUGGGUCACAAGUUGCCCCUGUGGCACCAGGCGUGUGCUGAGCCCACUAAGCUGCCGGAGCGCGCCAUGCUGCUGGCACAGCAGAUGGGCAGUGCAGCGGGCACCAUGAGCAGCGCGGGGGCCGCGGGCACCCUGCACAGCCACAAGGGCGGCGCCAUGCACAUCUCUGACCCCAUGCCCGGCGCCAAGCCCUUGCCAAUGCCCGCCGAGCUGGCAGCACUCAUCAACCAGCAGAGGGCGAUGGGUCUUGACGGGGGUGUGAUGCUGAAUGGCGGUGCGCACGGAGGAGAUGACUACCAGCACUGGAUGGAGGGGAAGGGGGCAGUCGGCCAGGGCAAGGCCAGCGCUCAGGGCCAUCGGAUGGGGGGAGACAGCUACUCCAACACCCUGCCCGCUCGGAAGGUGGCCCCCGCCAAAUCCUCUUCCUCUUCCUCAGCUGAGACCCAGACGUUGCCUCGCUCCAGUUCGAUGGCGGCGGGUCUGGAUCGUCACGGGCGUACGCGCGUGCAGGCCAUCUACUCCCACGCGGCGGGGGACAACAGCACGCUGCUCAGCUUCAGCGAGGGCGACAUCAUCACCCUGCUGGUACCCGAGGCACGAGACGGAUGGCACUACGGCGAGAACGAGAAGAACCGCAUGAGGGGCUGGUUUCCUUUCUCUUACACACGAGUCAUCUCCGAGCCCGAGCCCGAACCACCACGACACACACACAUCAGCUUGCAACAUGGGCGCAGUAGCAGCACUGGUAAUCUUCUGGAUCGCGAGAGUGUGACGAUGCCCAUGAGCGACUAUGGCAUCGCUAUGACGACCCGCCUGAUGCAGCAUCAGCACCACGCAUCACAGCAGAGCCUGGCACACGCACAUGCCCGCCAGAGACCAUACAGUGUGGCAGUGCCAACCUACACACAGCACCAAGGCAUGGAGGACUACGAGAGGUUUCCUACCAGUUCGGAGGUGAAAUUGAUUUCGACAGUGUGAGGAAAAGCGAGAGAGAAAGAACGAGAGGGAGAGAGAGAGAAAGAGAGAGACACACAAACACAGAUCACCACCACCACCACCCUGCGAUAGGACAGCUCCUCCUCCACCACCUGCCACCUCCUCUUCCUCCUCCUCCACCACCUGCUCCACCUCCUCCUCCUCCACCACCUCCUACUCCUCCUGACCUUGCCUCACUCCUUCACUUCACCUCCCAGCCACUUCUCCAUCCCUCCACCACGCUCUUCUUUUACUUUUUUAUCCUCCUCCAGCACGUAGUCGCUUCCCUUCAAACCACC